GUGGGUGUUUGGUGUUCAAAACUGUGAGUGGCUGGGUUAUGUGAUGUCUUUGGCAUUAGGGUCGGCUUUACCCCAGCCAUGCGCCCAGGCCUCCGGGACAGAUGCUUCUUCUGGUCGUGGGGGCUCUUUUUGUGGUUCAGCGUUGGAAGUGCAGGAGAUACACCUCCUACCGAACAGCCAAAGUGCACUGACUUCCAGAAUGCCAACCCCUUCCGAGGCACCAACCUCAAAGUCCGGUUCCUCCUCUUCACACCUUCAGAUCCUCGCUGUGGGAACCUAGUUGAAGAAAGUAGUGACCUUCAAAACUCUGGAUUCAAUGUCACUCUGGGAACCAAACUAAUAAUCCAUGGAUUCAGGGCUUUAGGAACAAAGCCUUCCUGGAUUGAGAAGCUCAUCGGGGCCCUUCUGAGGGCAGCAGACGCUAACGUGAUUGCCGUGGAUUGGGUGUACGGCUCCACAGGUGCCUACUUCUCGGCCGUGGAAAACGUGGUUAAGCUGGGACUCAAGAUCUCCAGUUUCCUCAGUAAACUCCUGGUGCUGGGUGUGCCGGAGUCCUCCAUCCACAUCAUUGGUGUGAGCCUGGGGGCCCACGUUGGGGGCAUGGUGGGACAUUUCUACAAAGGCCAGUUGGGAUGGAUCACAGGCCUGGACCCUGCUGGACCAGAGUAUACCAGAGCCAGCCUGGAGGAGCGCCUGGAUGCUGGAGAUGCCCUCUUCGUGGAAGCCAUCCACACAGACACCGACAACUUGGGUAUUCGGAUUCCUGUUGGGCAUGUGGACUACUUUGUCAACGGAGGCCAAGACCAACCUGGGUGUCCCACCUUCAUUCAUGCAGGCUAUAGUUAUCUGAUCUGUGAUCAUAUGAGGGCUGUGGACCUCUACAUCAGCGCCCUGGAGAAUCUCUGUCCUCUGAUGGCCUUUCCCUGCGCUAGCUACAAGGCCUUCCUUGCUGGACACUGUCUGGAUUGUUUUAAUCCUUUUCUGCUUUCCUGUCCAAGGAUCGGGCUGGUGGAACAAGGUGGUGUCAAGAUAGAGCCACUUCCCAAGGAAGUGAAAGUCUACCUCCUGACCACUUCCAGGGCUCCGUACUGUGCGCAUCACAGCCUUGUGGAGUUUAACUUGCAGGAGCCAAGAAACAAGGACACCCAUAUCGUGGUCACCUUCUUUAGCAGCAAUGCCACCUCCUCAGGCAAGAUCACCAUACCGAAACAGAAACUUCAGGGGAGAGGAGUCUUAGCUCACCCCACUCCUCAGUGCCAGAUACACCAAGUGAAUCUCAAGUUACAGGCUUCUCGCCAGUUUUGGAAAAAGGACCGGACUACCAUUGUUGGGAAGUUCUGCACUGCUCCUUUGCCUGUCAAUGACAAUAAAAUGACGGUCUGCUUACCUGAGCCAGUGAACUUACAAGCAAGUGUGACUGUUUCUCGUGACCUUAAAAUUAUGUGUGUAUAGUAAAAGCCCGGGCAGGACAUAUCCCUGGAUUGUAGGGACGGGGGCAGGGAAGGAGGGGUUUCAACUUAUUCUAAGCCACUACUACUAAGAAUGAAGGCAAGACUCUUGGUUAUUUCCCCCAUAAUUUACUACCUUAGAAGGGAAAGAUGGCUCAGUUUAUAGAGCUAUCUUUAUUUGCAUGCCAAUUUGAAGAGCCUUAUAUAGAUAUCAUUUCAGCUUUCUUACUCAUACUUAAGAGCAAUUACCCCAUGUCCUUGUGCUCUGUACAAUAGAAACAUAUACAGGAAAAAUGCUUUUAUAAAAAAUAAAACUCCAUGGAAUAUCUGAA